AUGGCAAGGCCGCGAGGUGGUGGCCUCGUGGUGCUCUUGGCACUGAUGGUGGUGUUUUUGGUGGGCUUUGCCCUCAUCCUCCAUUCCCGCCCCAGUGACCAGCAACCUCUGGUCAUCCCCACCUACGAAGGCGACGACGAUCGAGAGGACCUGCACCACGUCUCCAAAGAGCCCGCUUCCAAGCCCUCGCGAGCGCCAACAUCUGAUCGCGGACGGAAUGAGCCAAAUCGCGAAGAUGAAAAUCGUGGACCAGAGCGAGUAGUGGAAGUGAAAGUGGAUCACAGCAGCCACAACCACGCCUCGGGGUGGGACGCGCGAUUCAACUCGACCAUCGGCUACCUGCAGCGCUACGUGGGCGGCGUGCGGGGCGGCAGCGAAUGCGAGGAUGACUACGGCAUGUCAUUCAUCAGGCGGUGGCAGAGCUAUGGCAAGGACUACUGCCUUCCCACAUCCUCUUCCUCUUCCUCUUCCUCUUCCUCUUCCUCUUCGACUCCAUCUUCCUCUACUUCAUCUUCGCAAUUGACAGAGAACGAAGAUUUCCGAUUAGACUCAAAGAUUCGAUGCCACUCGCUGGUCCCAUCACAUCAGACACCCGAGCCGCACAGUGUGUGCCUCGCCGAGAACGUCGUGGUGGACUUUAGCCGCCUCGGCGUGUCGCUGUGCGAAGGCAACGGCUGCCACUUCGACUUCUACGACGGCGAGAAGACCGUCUUCUUCAAGCCGGGCAUCGUGCGCGGCAGCUGCCGCCAGGUGGUAUCCGCCGAUGACGGCUGGAACACCAGGAACCUCGUCAAGACCGUCGGCAACUGGCUCGUCCGCGGCUGGGAGAAUCUCGACGACAAGCCCUCCGAGGCCAAGAAGCUAGAGAGCGAGGUGUGCACGAAGGAGAACACCGUUGACCACUUUGUCUACCUUGUGUCACGCUACGACACGACAAAUCUGUACCAUACGACGGAGGAUCUGGUGCACGCCUUCGCCGCUUUCUCUGUGCUCGAAGCGCCCAUCGAGCGGUCGCAGGUGGUCAUCGCUGACGGUCUCAUUCCUGGGCCUUAUGUGGAAGUGUGGAAGGAGCUGUACUCGCGCAACUACCCUGUUCUCACCGCCAACGACCUCCACAAGAGCGGCGAGACCAAGUGCUUCAGAUACAUGGCCGCCAAUGUGUUCGGCGCGGUCUCUCCGCUGUGCAAGGGAGUAGGCGCCACCACGCCCUGCGCCAACAGCACGUUGCUUCGCGGAUUCCGUGAUUUCGUCAUCUCGUCCUACAAGGUCAAAUAUCUGCUGCCCCCGGAGGACAAGCUCACGGUCACGAUCGUCAAGCGCAAGAGCUACGCCCGAACGUCACAAUCCUUCCAGCAUGUGAGCAGGCAAAUCAAGAACCACGACGACCUGGUCGCGAUGACCCAAGCCACUUUCCCCACCGCCGAGGUUCGAUCGGUCGAUUUUGCGUCGCUCACGUUCCGAGAACAGUUGAAGCUGAUCCGCACGACGGACAUCCUCGUGGGCGCGCACGGCGCUGCGCUCACCCACAUGAUGUACCUCCCGACCACUUCCGCCUCCAUCGAAUUUUGGAUUGACGACCGGUAUGGCAACUACCACUAUGUAAAUAUGGGCAAGUGGUUGGCCAUCCCGCACUUCUUGGAGCAUCAGACCAACCCGCUCAACCUGGACGAGACACGAGAUCACCUCCUCGAAGCGGCCGAGCACGUCGCCAAAAGCAAGAAACAACGGCUCUACGACCACUGA